AUGACCACCAUGAUGAACGGGAACCUCCAGAACGAUCUAGCAUCGUAUGACGCGAAGACAUCUUCAGCUUCCAUCGUUGAACACAUAUCUGGUAGCAACUCGACAAGCUCCAGCAGCGACGAUGGUAGCAAUGGUGACAGCAACACCUCCGCCUCGGACCUUGAGCCGGAGACUUCUCAAAAUCUAGUGAAAAGCAUGGACGCAAAGAAAGUUGUCACAUUUGACAAAGGACCUACCAGUGAUCGGGACUUGUGGAGGGACACAAAGGGCUACGCAAUUCGUGCCAUGAACUCCCCCUGGCACACGACCCUGUUCCGCUUGCAGGAUACCUUCCUCGGGUCUUCUAACGACUUCUUUCGAGACCCCACUGUGGGCUACAGAUACCUGAUCGUGCCUCUGACUACGGGAAGCAUAUCUUCCCCAAUGGGUUUCGGUUCCGACUCCCAGCCAGUAUCGAUCUCAUUGAACGACAGCCAAACCUACCUGGCCGAUUCCCAGCAAUUCUUACUGGAAUACGCACUGCGUUUCGAGGAUGGUUUGCCAGGAGUUUACUAUGUCGGAACCUCCUGCCGCGGCGAAGACCACGAUUCGACGCACUUGAAUCAAUUCUGCCAUGUGGAAUGCGAGCUCCUAGGCGGAUUGGACGAUGCGAUAACCAUCGCCAAUAAAUAUGUGGUUCACAUCGCGCGAGCAUUCUUAACCCACCACAGCCGUGAAAUCGAGGCUUGUGCGGGUUCCACGGCACAUCUCCAGUCUCUGCUGGAUCUCUAUGAAAAGCACGGCAAUGCAUUCCCGAUUGUGACAGUGGAAGAGGCUCUUGCGCUUCCAGAACUUACUGAGGAUAUGUGGGAGUAUGUCAUUCCUGGCCAGGAUCGUUUCGGAAAGAAAAUCACACGUGCUGGGGAGAGAAUGCUCAUGGCUCGAUUCGGAGGGGCUGUAUGGUUGACGGAGCCCGAUCACCUUAGCACGCCAUUCUAUCAAGCAUACACUCGCAAAGAGAAUCGUGGCGCUGGGGUGAAGGCCAAGACUGGAGAUUUUCUUCUGGGAUUAGGAGAAGUGUUGGGCUGCGGUGAACGUCAUGAAGUUGUGGGAGAUACGCUGCAGGCGCUGAGGCAACAUGAGGUUGAUCCGCAAGAGUACGAAUGGUACGUCGAUAUGCGGGAUGUCAAGCCUUUGAAGACCUCGGGGUGGGGAAUGGGUCUUGAACGGGUCCUGGCGUGGGUUUUGCAGCACGAUGAUGUUCGAGAUGUGCAAUUGCUUCCUCGUCUCAAGGGCUUGGAAAUUGCCCCUUGA